AUGGGAAGCAGUGAUCAAUUUAGAGGCAGCGUCAAAGCAUUUAUAUCCAUUGAACUGAUCCUCUUUGUGGCUUAUGUGGGGGUAUAUGCAUUCAUGAUGUUUAAGACAAAGUAUUUCACACAAAAAGUCGAGAUCAUGCCGAUUAUGACUCACUUUAUUAAAGCACUUGAGUUUGAUUUGAUGCCGACAUUGUUCAUCCUGAGUUUCGUGAUUAUUUUUGGAGCAUUUUAUGUAUUUGCCUGUUUGCUUGGAUAUCUGCUAUUAUUUGCGAUCUUACCUUUGUUCAUCAUUGGUCGUGUAAAAGAGAAUGAUAUCCUUAUAAAGGUGGCAAAAUUUAGUAAUAUUGGUAUCGGAUUGAUCUCAUUCCUUGUUUUGUUCAUCGAUAAUCUGCAAUUUGAUUAAAUAAACAUCAGAAUUCAAAUCAUCAACUUGGUUC